AUGUGUAGUGUAGCUGAAGCAGAUUUUGGUGAUGAAGGAGGUAAACAUACAAUGUUAAAGGACGUUGCUUUGAAUGCUAUAGAAGAUGAGAAUUGUAAGAAAUGCAAUGUGGACAAAUGUGUAAUAAAACUGGAUUUUAAAGAAGCAAUGUGUUUGUCAUGCUUUUUGUAUUAUGUCAGACACAAGUUUCGAGCAACUUUAGGAUCAUCGAAAAUUCUCAAUCGGCAGUCUGAUGUUUUAUUUGAUUUUAAAGGAACAGCUGCAGACGUUUGUUUAUUACAUAUGAUCAAGUUCGCAUUUGAAGAGGAAACGUAUAAAAGACUUUCAUUUAAGUUAAAGCUUGUAUUUGUCGAUGAAAAUUGUACAGCAACAACUAACACUGAAGAUGCUUUAAGAAAUCGAAUGACAAAAAUUCAAGAAAUUAAAGAUAUUUUGCAGCAAUUUCCAAGUUUCACUUGCUGCUAUUCAACGAUUGCAGAUAAAAUAUUUGAUGAUAUAUCUAUAAUCUCGCGUGAAAAAGUUUUGGCUUUGAUUGAGUCUGAAAAAGAAUUUUCAUCGGUUUAUCAUUCAAUUGAUACACUUUCAUCAAAACAAGAUUUUAUGGAAAUUAUGAGGAAAAAUGCUUUACGGGACACAGCUCACCAUCUUAACUGCAGUUACAUAUUUUUAUCGGAUAUAAGUGUUGAUUUAGCCAAAAAGUUAAUAAGUAACAUAGCCCUUGGAAGAGGAUCGUCUGUAUCCAAUGAUGUCGGGUUUUUAGAUGAUCGAAUUAGUUGUAUAAAAAUUAUAAGACCAUUAAAGGAUUUGAAUCAACAUGAAGUAGACAGCUAUGUUCAGUUUAAUAAUUUAAAAUUUUGCUCAUUUUCGAAUUUUUCAUCGAAUGAUAAUGUUGCGAGUAUACAAAACUUAACUUCCAAUUUCAUCAAUCAACUGCAAAAAAACUGCUAUAAUUCAACGGUUUCAACUGUCUACAAAUGUUCAAAUAAAAUAGCUUCAAAUAAUGAGACAAUAUCUUGUCAAAAUAACACAAUUAAUUCCAAAAUGGCUCGUUCCUAUAUAACGGAUAUGAAUCAACGAUGUCUUUUAUGCAAGUCAAUUUUAGAUUACCAUCAUUCAGAGACCUUGUAUGCUAUCGAAUUUUCACGUUGUGUCUCGGGUCAAAUAGCUGCUAACAUUGAAGGAAUGGAGAACUUGGAAAGAAUUCGAGAGUCUUCAGAAAAUGCCAAGAACUCCAUUGAAAAUAAUCGCAACAAAUUUUUAUGCCAUGGAUGCCGAAAUAUAUUUCCUGAAACAAACCAAGAAAAUUUUAUCUUUUGA